AUGUUGGCGGAUAAAAAAGUCAUAGAUUGGAAACUUGGAUAUGCUAUGACUAUUCAUACUAUUGGUUGUGUAGAAUAUUUAAACCAACUCAUUUGGGUUGAAGCACCUCCAUUACCUCCUGAAAUUGCCCAAAAGAUUGAAGAGACAAAAAAAAAAGAUAUUGACUAUAUCCUCACAUUAAAAUGUAUUCAAGAAGACAAAUGCGCAUCAU